CCCUGUGUUACGCCAAAAUCUGUCCCCUGCCCACCACCUCUCGCCUUCCAUUGGUGGCACCCACUGCAGUGUCCCAGAAGUUCUGUGCCUGGUGCAAGAUCAUUUGCAAACUAAGUCCCACCUGUAAGCAAUCUGGUGUUUGCACAAAGCAAAAUUGGAAAUAGUAUUUCUAAUAAUGACUGGAAAUAAUGAUAUUCCAAUUCCCGAAAUUUGAAAAAAGAAGAUUUCCCCCCAUAAGCUGUGCCCACCAUGGGAAUGGCCAGGGCUGUUGUGUGAAUGUUGCAGCGCACUUGCUUGCUUUGAGUGUAACUUCCAGAGGUGCUCAAGGAUUGUUAUAACUCAGAAAGUGUGGCCAUGAUGUCAGCAAAAACCCACAUUAACAUCUGUACAUUCACACAUCCCUGGAACAUGCCUUAAUAACCGUCUCUCUUCUUAUAAACUUCUUAUAAAGGUUGUCCUGUUUGCAGGGUUGAGUAUUAUGAAAACACAUCCAUUGAAGUAUUCAACAACCUACAGCACGGGUGUCAAACACAAGGCCCGUGGGCCGAAUCCGGCCCGCCAGACCUCGUCAUGUGGCCCGUGUAGCAGCCAGCCAGGCCUGCCUGCUUCCCCCUGCGAGGCGGCGCGCUGUGGGUGGGGAUGGGGGGCUGGAAGGCGGGCGGUGGAGAAAGCAAAGGCGCUCCCUUCCCGCGCCGUUACUCGGCCGGCCUGAGAGAAAAUUUCUGAGGCGGCGGCAGCCUUCGUCCAGGGUCAGGGGGCCAUGGCGGGACUUUGCCCUCCCGGCGGCCUGGAGCAUCUGGAGCUGGGGCGGCUGCGGGACCCGCCGGGCAGCAGCAGCGGCGGAGUCAUCGUCGGUGCUUCUUCUCCUUCUCCUCCUCCUUCGUCUUGCUCGCCGUCGCCACCGCUCUCGUCUUGCUCGAGGCAGGCCUGGAGCCGGGACAACCCGGGCUUCGAGCCCAAGGAGGAGGCGGGCGAAGCGGCCAGGGCGGCUGGUGGGAGCGCGGCGGCGGGGCCCGUGCUGCAGAUGGGCGUGGUGGAGUGGGGCCGAGGAGGGGCGCCUUCGCCCUCGGAGCCCGACGCUCAACGCCCUGGAGGGCCCGCCGAGAGUGGGAGGCAGCGGAGGCGCAGGUGGCACGGCGAAAAGGAGGAAGGCGGAGGGGAAGGUGAAGGCCAGUGGCCUUGCUCCGCCGGAGGCGCCCCGAUGCCGACGCCACGUUUCCCUCACGAGGAGACGGGCGAGGAUGUCGCCAAGCAGCCGCCGCCUCACCGCCUCGCCUGGGCCAAAGGGAUGGCACACCGCCUGCGAGGUGAGUUGCCGCCCGGCCGAGCCCUUCCGUCACCUUUCCCGGCUCGCAUCUCUCCUGUUUCACCUUAUUACUUUUAUGUUACUCGCGAGUCUUCUGCUCUGAAGACAGAUGCAAAUAAUCCGUUCAGCUCCUCUGCAAUCUCCUUUCCCACCUUUAGCACACCUUUGUUCCCCUUGUUGGCCAAAGGCUCUACCACAGACAUGUCCAAAGUCUGUUUCGGGGGCCUAAUCCGGCCCCUUCGGCAGUUUAUGGGGUAAAAUCCUCAAAAAACCCGUCAACAACUUCAACCCUAAAAAAAAAAAGCUCAACAAUUUCAAUCCUAAAAAAAGCGCAACAACUUUGGUUGGCCCUCACAGCCCUUCACUUCAUCAAAUCUGGCCCUCCUUGAAAAAAGUUUGGGCACCACUGACCUACAGGAUCAAGCUGUAUGCUUAGGAAAGGUUACAGCCAUCCCUUAGGUCCUGGCAAGUCCUUAUCAACCAGCACAUGAGCCAGGAUACUAGAGUUUAAGUCACAAUCUAAUUCUAGCCAUGAGGAAGUUAUGACAGAAGAAAUAAACCUCAUGUAUGAGAAACAAGUCAGGAACCUAUCUGAGGUUUGCUUCAUUUCUUAUCAGCUUCAUCCACCUUCAACCCUUUCAAAAUGUACUAGGAAAAAUACAAAUACUAAAUAAGAUAUAAUUGCUGUAAGUCUUGCUAAGAACUUCAUUGUUCUUAGCACCGUUCUUAGCUUUGUGCAGCACCGAAUUAAUCAGCAGAAUUAAUGGCUUGUAUAGGCAGGGUUAAGCUCUUGCUAUGAAAAGAAUAGACCAGAAUAACAAAUGAACCCAAGACCUGGGACAAACAAUCCUUACUUUUCACUUCCAUCUCUCUUAUGGUUAUGUUCUACAGUCAUAGGCACCAUUCCAAAAUCGUUUGGUGUUCACACCUAGAUACCUCUGUUCAGGAUAUAUAUUAGGUUUUUAUGUUCAGGGCUGAUGAAGUAGGCUGUUACCAAUUGGAGUUCAUGCCAUGGAAAACUGGUCACUCUUUAAGAUGCCUGUCUUUAAAAUGAUAACUUCUGGACGAUUCUGUGCAUAUUUAGCUAAAUAAAAUCAAAAGCGGCUAUGAAAACCAACAGGAUCCAUGUCUUAUAAUUUCUACUCAAAUAUAAGAUGCACCUGAUGACAUAUCUACCUAUGGUACACAUAUACUCUCAUCAAAUAGCAUGAUAUGCACUGUGCAGUAAAGAACUCAAGGAACAUGACCAGUGUCAGAAUCUGCACCCUCAAGCAGAAUAACUAGAUAAAACACUGAUGACAUGAAAUUUAUAGACUGCCAUACGCCUGAAUCAUUUCCCACCUUCUCUCAAUAUAGAUGAAAUAUUACCGUAAGUGAAAACAGGAUUAUUGAAAAGUAUAGCUUAGACAUUUUUUUACCAGGAAUAUAUAUAUUCACUCAAUGGAAAUCAUUAGUUUGUAUGUUUUUAACAGACAUAUACAGAGAAGGCUUCAAACCCUUUUUGCCAAGAUUAGGACCCAGAUAGGUAAGAAACCUGUUUCCUGACCUUUGCUUUCCCAUGCCUUGCUUUUUAGGCACAAGCGAUGCUUGAAUUUGUGUGUCUCUGUGAACAAGUGAGCAACAGCCAUCUUUGCUCUUUCUGUUUGCAAUCCGGAAAUGACCCAUUUUGUUUUUGAAUUACCACUGACAGAAAGUGAAAUAAUACUGCACUCUAUGACAGUUCUCAGCUGUCGUUAAUAUAAAAUUUGUUGGAUAUUUAAACUUGUUCUGUAGGAUGACUAUGACCCACACUUUUUAUUCUCUUUAUAAUUGGUAUGGAAGAUGUUUUCUACGCAGAGCUAUCACUGUGACCUAAGGCUUAAAAACUUACGUGAAAAUGCUAGAUGGAUAAUAAUUCUAUUUUGCAUUUGAUUUCAUUGAAAAAUAGAUGAUCAGAUUGAGCUCAAUUGGCAUGGAGCAUUUUCAAAUUAAUGCAUUAAGUUGUUCUAAAAAUCCAUGGGAAAUGAUGUUGUAAAAUGUGGCAAUAAUUUAAUGGAAAUUGUCACUAGCUAGUCUGUAAAUAUGUGAACAUGGGUUCCUUCUUGCCUUCUCAUUUAAGAAGGACUAAACCAGGGCAGUACCAGUGGUAAAAAGCAAAGCAAAACAAACAUAGAACAUCUGCUUCUUGACCAACAUUGCAUCUGCAAAGUGUCACCAAAUCUUCCAGAUGGUGAAUUGUUUAGUCACCCUUGGCAGUCUUCACCCAGAAGCUGAGUCAUGUUUAGUCCGCUGUGAUGAAUGUGCAGCCUUCUUUGCAGAUACUCUUAUAUUAUCCAACUUGGGAGUUACUGAAAAAAAGUUAGUUUGAAACUUUAAAAUAUCUUUUCAACCUGUCUUUCCCACUGAUGCAGAGAUGUGAACAGCUAGUUAAGAUUUGGUUUCAAAGAGCUCUAUGGGUCUCAUUCUUGGCUGAGUGAAUAUAGGACUGCAGCCUAAUUUGUUGUGAGGCUUUCUCUUAAAUCCCAGAUCUGCUGACAAAAGCUGCAAAAAUUUCAAUGGUUUGCUACCAAUAGGCUCAGUGGCUGUUAAAUAGUUCUUUCCCAGUUUUGCAACUGAAGAUUAAUGUUUUUCAGCAUUCUCAGGCAUGUUUAAAAUAGUUAUAAAUCUGGGCAACAUACUAAGCAAACUUUGACAGAAAAUUGGAUAGAAAUAAUAGCAGAUAUGGUCAAAAGGUCAAGUGACAAUAAAAAUCAAAUGCAACAGUUUGAAAUUUUAAAAUGUUCCUUUCUGUCAAAGCUUUAUAUCAUUUUUUUAAGCAAAACAUGUGUACAAAAUAUGGAAGCAGAAGUGUCUGUUUCCCAUGUGAUGUUGCAAAACUGAGAGCUAGACUCUUUCAGAUGGAUUUCUGUGACAAAACCGAUACACUGCAAAAACGGAAACAUUUGUUAGCAAUGUGUUAGUUACCUGUGUACUGUGCUUUGGGGGCAGGGAAUUAAGGUGAUGAUACUCAGACCUUGACAAAAGUAUUGUGGGUUUUAGCACACCAUGGGCAGCAAAACCUAGUUGAGCCCGCACUCCAGAGCUUUUUAUCAGCCCGAACUCACCAAAACUCAGUCCCGGCACCUCUCAGGUGGGUGCCAUUGCCAUUAUAAGAGAACAAGGGAGGCAUUCAUGCUGAGUUCCAGCAUCUCCUAUCAUCUAUCUAUCUAUCUAUCUAUCUAUAUCACUACCAUACUCCAUACCACUGCCAUCACAAAAAACCUGCCUGCAUAACAUACCUUUUUUAAAAAAAUGCAUUAGCUAAGAAGUUAAUAUGGUGGCUUUCUUUGAAAGAAAACCUCAAGUGAUUUUCAGCAGUGUAGUUCACAGGAGUUCCUGUCACUGAUAUGCUGACACUAUGCACAUGUAAACUGGCAACCAAUGCAGCUGUUCUAAAACAGCUUUCCCUCUUUCCUCUGAUGUGUUGGCUGUUGUUGUUUUUGUUUUUUACAAUGCUCAAAUUGGGAUGGCGAUGACUACAUUGCACAUGACCAGAAUAAAGUAUUUGCCACUGCAGACAUACAUUCAGUAGGCUGUAGAAGGCAAAAGCAUUACAUUAUAUUUAAGAGUGAUUAAAUUUGUAUCUUUAGGACUAUAUGUUAGCCAGAUGUCCCUUCAGUUCUACCUGAAUCCAAGUUCAUAACCAUAUCAUCAUCUUUUAGCACAGGAUAUGGCAAGACUGGGAGACAACCUGGAAUCAAUUUUGCUUAUCUUUUUAAAGUUGUUGAGAAGAUUCAGAAGUUGCAAGGCCCUAAACUAUAAAGAAUAUCUUGGAACUAAGAACAAAGACUCAUCAAGAAGAAAGGCUUUUUUGCUUCAGAAUCUGAUCUCCGGAUCCCGGUGUGUUCCGUAUAGAAAGCGAUCUUAGAGAAAGCACUUCUUGUUUAUUAACACAACCAGAUACCAGUGAGUUUGUUAAUUAGCACAGUAAUUUUCCAGAAAGGAAAAAAAAAAGGCUGCUUUAUUAACUUAAUAAACAGCCCAGAAGGGGCUCUCCAACCAACCACACAUUUUCUGCGCAUUUAUUUAAUACACCAUAUAAAUACCAACUAAAUACUUUAUCAGGAAGCACCCAUGCAGC